UAUAUACUCUACAAUGAAGCGACGGUCAUCUAGACCACGAGGUACAUGGACGAGUUGUGCAAUGAAGCGGCUGCGGCGCGGCCCGCUGCCUCCCAAGGAAUCGCCUGAGAUUGGACGCCGGCGGCCUCUCGAGGAGAUGGCCAAAUUAUUUAUUUAGCUGAUAAGUUAUAAUAAAAAAUAUUAUUGGCUGAUUUGUUGUUAAUGACUUACAGAUUCGAUCGAUAAGCUCCGGCAAAUAAUGUUUGAUCUCCCUGAUCCUGACGUGGUUCCUAUCACGCGUCCCCCUGCACGCACAUGUUUGUCUUGGAGAUGUGCCUGCCUGCUCGAAACGCCCGUUGUGCACGAGGAAAAAAAAAUGGUGCAGAGCACGAGGGCCACGUCCGCGCCACAUCAACCCCCGCCCCCGGCUCGGCCCAACGUUCUUCUCCGAGCCUCCCGUCGCCGCCACGCCCAGGCCGGCGAAUCAUCCCCUCCCCUCCCAUCCCAUCCCAUCCCAUCCCGCCGCAGCCACAACCCUAGCACCACCGCGGCUGCAGCGCUCCCCCAUCCGCAGCGGCGGCACCCGAACUCCAGCCAAGGUUACAGAAAGUCAGACCUAUGAAUUUCCACAACAUCGACGAUUAUUUUCAUGAAAACAGCCCAACACAAGGAGGCAAAGGAGUUGCAGCGGUUAGUGCCGAGGCAAUUGUGGAAAGAGUGUACCAUGACAUCGCAUUUGGAACUGAGAAGCUGCUCAAUCUAGACAUGCUGGUCAUGGAGAUCGCUCGCCAAGCCUCUGAUAUCGAGCCUCUCAUGCGGGACCCUCAUUCCAUUUCAGCCGAAUUAGUUGACAAGGCUUUCGAAUUUGAUGUCCUGCACAGUAUUGUAGAUUCAGAAGUCAGUGAGUUGGAGAAGCUAGCUGUCUCUAUUCAAACAGAUAUUGGCGAUGCUGAAACCAAGGCUUUGGGGGAAGAACCUGGGAGCAGAGUGAGCGACAAGCUGUGCACGCGGAAGGAGUCCUUGAAGCAGAUGCAAGAUCAAAUUUCUGAUAUCAGAACACAGCUUGCAACCUUUGAGAAGGCCAUACAACCUUCACAUGGUAAACAAAGUAUGCUCAAAACAUUCGUUUUAGGAAAUAGUGAGGUUAUGGGAUAUGAAAAUGGUCAUAUGUCAGGUCACACUGCUAUGCAGGCCGAGGAUCAGAGAAAUAUACUGCAGAUGUUACAACAAUCGAUAGCAAGUAAACUAGAUCUUGAAAAUAAGCUAUGUGAUUCGCAUUCUGUUGUGGAAGACCUUAAAAUGAAGCUGCACCAUGCAGAACAAGGAUCAUGUUUCUUGGAGGAAUCCAUCAAAGAGCUUUAUGAAAGAAUGUUCUCGGCAGAAAAUGCUUCCCAAUUGCUUCUUGGAACUUCAAAGGAACUCGUUGGCAAACUUAAUACCACCCAGUUCUAUUUAAGUGCUUCAAUUGGCAGGGAAGGUGAUCUUAAAUCAAAUGAAGAGGAAAACUUGAAGAAACUAAGUACCAACAAGAGCACCAGGGAGACAGUGCUUGAAGAUGGUGACAACAAUGCUAGUCAGGAGCCUGUGCAGAUGCAGGUGCUAUCACCUCCUGAGUUCUUGACUUUGUGGAAUAAGGUUCAGCAGCUGGAGGAAUUGUUGAGGGACUCUGGCUCUGAACCGCAGCAAUCAUCUCUGUCAAGAGGGGCAACUGAAGAAGAGCAGGAUACGGCGCAGUCUAAGAUAAGCACAUUCGGGAAUAUUAUCAAUGAUCUUAAACUUGCCAUUACCAAUGCAGAAAGUAGAACACAAAAUGCCGAAAUAAGGUGUACACAGCUCACUCAAACAAAUGUUCAGCUUAAUGGGGCAUUGAACUCUCUUAAAAGUCAGGGGUCAGAUAGGGCUGGCUUAUUGGAGACAAAACUUAAGGAAUCAGACACUCAAUUAGAGCAUGCAAGAGCAUCAGUUGAUGCUAUUGUUGAACAGCAGGGUAUGUUAAGAUCAUCCAUGUCUGAUAUGGAACUGUUGAUUGGAGAUCUGAAGGAAAAGUACUUGAAAGCUGAAACCAGGGCUGAGAGUGCUGAAUCAAAAUGUUCAUUGCUGACAGAUACUAAUUUAGAACUUGGUGAAGAGCUAUCGUUUCUGAGAGGUCGAGUAGAAAGUCUAGAAAACUCAUUGCAUGAAGCUAACCAACUAAAGGUGUCCAGUGCAAAAGACAUUACUAGUAAAACUAAAACUAUCAUGGACUUGGUUGCAAAACUUGCCUUGGAAAGAGAACGCCUUCAUGUUCAGAUUGUUACACUGACAAAAAAGAACAGAAUGUUGGCUCAAAAAUGCAAAGAAAAUGUUAGGGAACAUACAUUGUUGUGCAAGAAUGUUACCACAACUGAAGGUGAACUUAGGCUCAGUCAAGUAACAGAGAAAGCAACUUCAAGUUCUUCACAACAAACCAAGGCGAAGCGAGCUAGUAACACUACACAAGAGGAGGUGGAAGCUGAUGAGGUGAUUGCAGAGGAUGAUGAAUCUGGUGCCUGGAGCACACCUGAGACAGUGCGAGCUAUUGAGCCGACGAUGCUAAACUGGAAGUACAUUUCCGCAGCAGUCCUAGCCUUGCUGGCUGCCGUCAUCGUGUACUAUUAUCAAUCUGAUGAUGGAGUCCAACAAUUGCUAAGGCAAUUUGUAGGCUAGGAGCAUGAGAUAUAAUAAAAUAGGACGGUGUAUCCUGUAAUAAUGUUUUUCUGCUUCACUCAGUGGUUGCAGAGGUAAAUUUUGGUAGCGUCAACUAGUUUUAACUGUUGCAAUUUGCAAGUGUUAAGGCUUAAAUUUAGAUGGACUCAUUACCACAAGCUCUUCGUCGUUAAUAUAGCAACUGUUUCUCUGUGGA